CUGUCUUGACCUUCAGGCAAAUCAAGGAUAGUAUUUGUAACACGUCGCUCUAAAGGAUUUUCGACAAGACUCUUGAACAAUGGCACCUUCAGCUAAAAAUACAACUGAUGAAAGUAGGGGAAUUAAUGCAAUUCUUCUUGGUCCACCAGGAGCUGGAAAAGGAACCCAGGCUCCAAAAUUGCAAGAAAAACAAAUGAAAUGUUUAUGGUUGUACUUGAAACUAUUUAUAGGAGAUAUGCUUCGUGCCGCCAUAAGGUCCGGUUCGUCGAUGGGAAAAAAAGUUAAGAAGAUAAUAGAUGACGGCGCUCUUGUCAGUGAUGAGAUUGUUGUCGAUUUAAUAGACCAAAGUUUAGAUACGCCAGAGUGUAAAAAAGGAUUUUUGCUCGACGGUUUUCCUCGAACUGUCGGCCAAGCUGAAAAGCUUGACAGUCUACUUGAGAAACGUCGACGAAAUUUGGACGCCGUGGUUGAAUUUUCCAUCGAUGAUAAGCUGUUGGUCCGAAGAAUAACUGGCAGGUUGUUGCAUCAAGCCAGUGGACGUACCUACCACGAGGAAUUUCAUCCUCCAAGAGUUCCAAUGAAAGAUGAUAUUACGGGUGAACCAUUAAUUCGUAGAAGCGACGAUAUUCCAGAAAAAUUAGUAACAAGGCUCGAAGCAUAUAAGAAAUCGACCCUACCAUUAGUCGAUUAUUACAAACGUAAAGGAAUUCAUUACAGCGUUGACGCUUCAAAACCAUCAGAUAGCGUUUUUAAAACAAUUCAGGGCUUUUUUGAAACUGCCAAGAAAAUGUCUGCCAUGCCAAAUGUAUCUGGUUGGAGCCAAUUUGACUUUUUACAUUCAAAUUUAGAGACGUUGAGAAAUAAUCUUCAGAGAUAUUUUGAUGCACCAAGAAAUCACAUAGACUUAAAGCAUAUGUGGCAAAAGGAUAAUGUUAGAUCAUUCAUAGAAGGUCAUUUUUCAAUUGCCAAUCAAUCUAAAGAAGUUGAUUACGUUAUUGAUCCCUUUCAAACUACGUUGCUUAAUGCUCUAAACGAAACGGCGCAAGGUAUAAACUAUUAUUUAAUAUUUAAAGGAAGACACUAUGGUACGUCAAAUGAUAAAAUAAUUGCUGUUACUGCUCAAUAUGAUACAUAUGAGUAUGCUGGUGGAGUAGACAACAAUGGUUCAGGGACUUCAGCUUUAUUAGAAAUUUUACGUCUGCUCCUUUCAGCUCCUUGUCAACAUAGUCAUACAAUUUUACUAGUUGCUAAUGAUUUUGAGGAAUAUAGUCAACUUGGAAUUAAACAUUUUAUCAAUAACUUUUUAGUCCCAAAAAUGCUGGGAAACGGUCAACCGAAUAAACCAAAAUUUCAGGGUGCUAUCGUUCUAGAAACUAUGAUGAAUUGGAAUGAUACUGAAAACUCUCAAAACAUUCCUGUCCACCCUGAUGUAUUUAAAUGGCUAUGGCCAAAGGAACAUGAAUGGUUUGUAGAAAACAAAGGAAGAGGAAAUUUUGCUUUAGUUAUUGGUAGAACACAGCCGGAUUUUGACCUGCACGAAACUCUACAAAAGAAUUGGAAUGAGAGUAUGUCCUCUGUGAAUGAUACAUUUAAAUUUCUUCGAUUAACUUUAGACCUUCCGGGGGGGCCUCUAAAACCACCUCUUACGGGACCAAUUAUAGGACCAAUUCUAGGUCAAUUCUUCCAAGCUGAUCUUAGGCAAUUUUAUCUUUACGACGGACCCGUCAACAUGACUGCAGUUAUGAUAACUGACUCGGGUAGGAACAGAGGUGUAAUGAGAGAAUGUUACGCACAGCCAUGCGACAAUUUCGAGCAAGUGACUGAUGCGAAGAUUAAACAUCUCGGUAGAAUUGUAGAAGUAGUAACUAAAACCGUACUAGAUAGAUCAUCUUAUAUGUGUCCUAGUACUCCUAGUACAAAUCCAACUACUCCUAGUACAAAUCCAACUACUCGAACCACUCCUCCAAAUACAUCAAAAGGAGACUUUAACAGAAUAUCCGAACUCUUGUUUUGCUUUAUGAUGUUUUGGAAUAUUUCUAAUCUUAGAUGA